UGGUCGAUGGCUUUCAUUGGCUCAAUUUCGCAGCAUUCCGGACUGGGUGCGUGAAUCAUCCAAUCAGUGCCCCGUUUACUUGCGCUUUACACGCGACUACAAAUGGAAUCGGGGACAUGGCUCAGUUAAUCCAUGUGUUGUUCGAGCAUGCCUCGGGUUAUGCUCUGUUCCGGGUCAAGGAAUUUGAGGAAGUGGCCAUGUUGUUACCUGAGGUGGAGCAGAGUGUCACAGAUCUGACCAAAUUCCACUCUAUUGUUAAACUAGUGGCUUUUUCACCAUUCAAAAGUGGAACUAAUGCCUUGGACAAUAUGAACAGUGUUUCUGAAGGUAUACUUCACGAAGAUUUACAAUUGUUCCUGGAAACACAUGCCCCAAAGGGAAGUAAAAAACAGAAGUGUAUUUUGGGUGUUGGUGACCGUAAAAUUGGUGACUCCAUUGCAGAAGAGCUAGGACUAAAAUGUCAGUUUACUGGAGUUAUUCCAGAAAUCAUCAGAGGUAUCCGCACACACUUUGCCCACUUGGUCAAAGGGUUAACAGAACUGUCUUCCUCCAAGGCUCAGCUGGGUUUGGGACACAGUUACUCCAGGGCAAAGGUCAAAUUCAACAUCAACCGUAUUGACAAUAUGAUCAUACAGAGUAUCAACCUGCUGGAUCAGUUAGACAAAGAUAUCAACACAUUCUCCAUGAGAAUUAGGGAAUGGUAUUCAUAUCACUUCCCAGAGCUGGUAAAGAUUGUACCAGACAACUACAUGUAUGCCAGAGUGGUUAAGUUCAUCAAGAACCGGAAAGAAAUGACAGAGGAGAGUUUAGAGGCCCUGGAAGAGAUUGUUAUGGACAGUGCAAAAGUCAAGGCAAUAUGGGACGCAUCACGGUCAUCAAUGGGCAUGGACAUUUCCCCUGUAGAUUUGAUCAACAUAGAAAUGUUUGCCAGUCGUGUUAUCGCAUUAGCACAAUACCGCAAGAGCCUGCAUGAAUAUCUGCAGAGCAAGAUGAACCAGGUGGCACCAAAUCUGGCAACUCUCAUUGGUGAACAGGUUGGCGCCAGGCUGAUUUCCCAUGCUGGUAGUUUAACAAAUUUAGCCAAGUACCCAGCUUCUACAGUACAGAUCUUGGGGGCUGAAAAAGCCCUGUUCAGAGCACUCAAAACGAAAGGGAAUACUCCAAAGUAUGGGCUUAUAUUCCAUUCUACAUUUAUUGGAAGAGCAGGUGCAAAGAAUAAAGGACGGAUAUCCAGAUAUUUAGCCAACAAGUGUUCAAUAGCCUCCAGAAUUGAUUGCUUUUCAGAAUUUCCUACUCAGGUAUUUGGUGAGCAUCUGAGACAGCAGGUGGAAGAUCGCUUGAAGUUUUAUGAAACAGGUGACCCAGAGAAGAAUGUUGAUGUGAUGAAGAAGGCCAUCGAGGAGGCGACAGAGGUUCAGGACAAAACUGGCCAGAAGGAAAAGAAGAAAAAAAAGAAAGACAAAAGAAAAUCUCAAGAGGCAUCAGAAGUGACGGAGGACAUGAACACUGUAGAAACAACAGAGGCCACACCCAAGAAAAAGAAGAAAAAGAGGAAAUCAAAUGGUGGAGACAUAAAUGGAGACGUUUCCAUGGAAAUUGCUGAAGAGGAAAAUGGGGAGCCGCCCAUAAAGAAGAUGAAAAAGAAGAAGAAGAAAAAGGAAGCAGACUAAAACUGCCAAGUGCAGUUGCCAAUCAUUUUGUUUAGCCUCAUUGAAAAUUUGCUUCAUGUAUAACUUUUAAUGGAGAGGAUGUCUAUGGCAGAUAUAAACAAAACAUAUACAUGUUAUAUUGUUGUGUUGGGUAAGAGUUUUUACUCCCACAGAAAUUUUUUCACGCGGACUGUUGUGUCAACCUUUCAGGGCCUGUAGAUGUUGCUUUACCUAUCUGUCAUACAGUUCAUGUUAUGAAACAAUGAUUUGUCAUGUAAGUAGAGGACGCAGAGUCCCUGUUAAUAGUGGACCUAACAAUUGCUUUCUUUUCUGAUUUACCCAGUGAUUAGGGUAACAAUGACUACGUAUCCACACAAUAAGUCAUAGCAUCAUGCCCUGUAUGAUUGGUGUUCAUUUAAUGUUAUCCGUUCCAACAUUUCUCAUUUUAGAAAUACUGACCUGGUUCUCUUCCAUUUUCUUGGUAUGUGAUGUGGUCAGUGUCUCUCUAACAAAGUUUAUUGUGGUUUAUUUCUCCACAUAGAUUACAUGACUUGAAUAUCAUGCUCCAUGGACUACAUGCACCUUGAGGUGUUUUUCAGUGACUGUGUAAAAGUCAUCUUAGUAAAACAUUGACUCUGUACAGGUCAUCUGCAAUAAACAAUGACUCAGUUGAAGUCGUCUCAAUAAACUGCUGUACAAAACAAAGUACAGGUA